CUGGCUGCGGUGUUAGCGGAUGAGGAGGAUGUUGUGAGGACGGUCUGUGGCUUUGACUGACUGACUGACUGACUGCCUGCACCGCGCAGCCACCAACAGCCAGACCCCCGAGUCUGCAUCAGGUCACGGCGCCGCGGAGCUCACCUGACGCGCUGCCCUCAUUUUAUUUCACAGCUGUCGAUGUCAAGACGCGUCCAUGAUAGACUGUAAUGUGAGAAAGGAGCUCUCAGUCGACACCGUCCGCUGCCUCUCCGUUUCUGUCUCUGUCACCGAGCGAGGAGGACACCGACACCCAGGCCGUUAUCAGCAGCUGGCUUCGCAGCGAGCGGUUAGCAUAGCGGCUAACAUGCUAAUGUGAACAGGUACAAAUAUUUUCAUGCAUCGCAAUGUUCAUCGGGGAGCCGAGUUUCACCACUACAUCUAAACGUUCCCGGUUGUGAUUGGAAAGCAGCCACUGACUCCAGAGGGAAUACAUGUAUGUCCUAGAUGCGGUGACGUAAAGGACGUGGUCAUUCCAAAAUGGAGAAAAAGAAAAUGUGCCCCCGCCUUCUGGACUACCUGGUGGUAGUCGGAGCCAGGCAACCAAGUAGUGACAGUGUGGCCCAGACUCCUCAGCUCCUCCGCCGCUACCCUCUGGAGGACCAUCAUGACUUCCCACUCCCACCAGACGUGGUGUUCUUCUGCCAGCCAGAGGGCUGCCUGAGUGUACGCCAGCGCAGGGUCAGCCUGCGUGACGACGCCUCCUUUGUUUUCACGCUGACCGACAAGGACUCAGGAAUCACCCGCUAUGGAAUCUGUGUCAACUUCUACCGCUCUUUUCAGCGAGGGCAUCACCGCAGUCGUGGGGACAAGAGCGCCCACACGGAGGCCGCAGCGCAAGGGGCGGAAACCACAAGCGAAGGAUCUGAUGGCAGCGGUGGAGGCCCACCCUCCUCAUCAUUGUCGCCACCCGCCGGCGCUGACUCGGCACCUCUGCCUGCCUCUGGGACGGAGAGUGGACCGCCAGGUGGCGAAGCAAACACCGCCAAGUCCCCGCGGCACAAGCGAAGCGCCGCUAAGGCGGCAGCCAGGAACCGCAACAGCACGCUGACCUCACUGUGCAUCCUCAGCCACUACCCCUUCUUCUCCACCUUCAGGGAAUGUCUGUAUAUUCUCAAGAGGCUGGUGGACUGCUGCAGUCAGAGGCUGACACAGCGCGCUGGGCUCCCCCGCGCCACCCAGAGAGACACCAUGUGGCGGGUGUUCACUGGGGCACUGUCAGUGGAAGAGAAAGGCAGUCAGCUGCUGGCCGACCUGCGAGAGAUUGAGUCCUGGGUGUACCGGCUGCUGCGUUCACCAGUACCGGUGGCGGGUCAGAGGCGUGUGGAUGUGGAGGUGCUGCCCCAUGAACUCAAGCGUCCACUCACCUUCGCCCUGCCUGACAACUCGCGCUUCUGCAUGGUCGACUUCCCCCUGCAUCUGCCACUGGAGCUGCUGGGCGUGGACGCCUGUCUGCAGGUGCUCAGCUGUGUCCUGCUGGAGCACAAGGUUGUUCUUCAGUCCCGAGAUUACAACGCCCUGUCUAUGAGUGUCAUGGCGUUUGUGGCCAUGAUCUACCCUCUGGAGUACAUGUUCCCUGUCAUCCCCUUACUGCCGACAUGCAUGGCAUCAGCUGAGCAGCUCCUCCUCGCCCCUACUCCUUACAUCAUAGGUGUCCCAGCGAGCUUCUUCCUCUACAAAUCUGACUUCAAAAUGCCAGAUGAUGUGUGGCUUGUGGACCUGGACAGCAACAAGGUCAUAGCACCCACCAGUGCAGAAAUUCUCCCACCUCUGCCAGAGCCUGAAUCGAGCGAACUUAAGAAACAUCUAAAGCAGUGUCUGGUUAGGUUGACCGUGAUCACCCAAAAGCAGAUCUUCUCCUCAGACAAUAAGGCCUUGGCCAGUAUGAGCUUGAACACCCAGCCGAUCCUGAACCUGGAGAAGUUCCAGGAAGGCCAGGAGUUGCCUCUGCUUCCCCCUGGACGAGACAAAGCUUCCCCGUCCUCCACAGAAUUUAACCCCCUCAUUUAUGGAAAUGACGUAGAUUCUGUGGAUGUAGCCACUAGGGUUGCCAUGGUAAGGUUCUUCAACUCUGCAAAUGUCCUCCAGGGGUUCCAGAUGCACACUCGCACAUUACGCCUGUUCCCUCGGCCUGUUGUGGCCUUCCAGGCGUCAUCUUUUCUUGCAUCUCGACCCCGGCGCUCUGGCUUUGCAGAUAAACUCUCUCACACCCAGGCAGUGGAGUUUUAUGGAGAGUGGGCUCUCAAUCCCAGCAACCUAGCCUUUCAAAGGAUACACAACAAUGUUUAUGACCCCUCCUUAAUUGGAGACAAGCCCAAGUGGUAUGCUCACCAGCUGCAGCCGGUGGUUUACCGCGUGUACGACGGAAGCUCCCAGCUGGUUGAGGCCAUGGCUGGUCCUUUGGAGGAUGAUGGCAAUGACUCUGACCCCACAGACAGUGGCAGUGACAGUGAAGCAUAUGAUGACUCCAGCUCUUCCUACUCCUCGCUUGGAGACCUUGUGAGUGAGAUGAUCCAAGGAGACAUCCAGGGAGACACGCCAAACUUGGACCCACCUACCCAUGCUGCACUGGGGGACGCAAGCGAGGUUGAGUUCCAAGACUUCCAGGAGUUCAGGGAAGGUCACGGUUCGGAGUGUCCGCCCAGUGGGGACGGAGCUGCUGAACCCUCAGACGGACAGCCCCUCCGCUCAAGCUCCAGCACAACUGCAAGCUCAAGUCCCAGCACAAUUAUCCAGGGAGUAAACCAUGAGCAGGGGGAACCAGUUGAAAUUGAGGCUUCAGCAAGCGCAGCCUUACAGAACCCUGUCCCAGGUCUCGGCACCCAGCCGUUCACCAGAUCUACUCCUGAUGCUGGUCUGAUGGAUCCAGCCAGCAAAAAGCAAGAAUAUGACAACCCAUACUUUGAGCCUCAGUAUGGCUUCCCCACUGAGGAUGACACUGAAGCAGAGGAGCAAGUGGAGUCGUACACUCCUCGAUUCAACCAGAAUCUCAAUGGCAACAAGGCACAGCGUCCCUUGCGUCCCAGUAGCCUGAGGCUCCCUGGGGAGUCUGAUGGAGAGGGAGACUCGCGCAACAGCUCCCCCAACUCCACCAUCUCCAACAACAGCAACGACGGCUUCGGAGGCCUCAUGUCAUUUGCUAGCAAUCUUUAUAAGAACCAUGGCACCAGUUUCAGUCUGUCAAACCUUGCUAUUCCCAACAAAGCAGCGAGGGAGAAGUCCACGCCUUUCCCAAGUCUUAAAGAUGACCCUGACAGCCCGGGCGCACGUGCACCCAGGGCACUUGUGGACCAGAAAUCUUCAGUAAUCAAGCACAGUCCAACGGUGAAGAGAGAGUCACCCUCUCCUCAGGGUCGUGUCAACAACACCAGUGAGAACCAGCAGUUCCUAAAGGAAGUAGUGCAGAGUGUUCUGGAGGGCCAAGGAGUCGGCUGGCUCAAUAUGAAGAAAGUGCGUCGCUUGCUGGAGAACGAGCAGCUGCGUGUCUUUGUGCUGAGCAAACUAAACAGAGCCGUCCAGUCGGAGGAAGACGCCAGACAGGAGAUCAUACGUGAUGUGGAGGUGAGCAGAAAGGUUUACAAGGGCAUGUUGGACAUCCUGAAGUGUACAGUCUCCAGCCUGGAGCACUCCUACACUAACGCAGGCCUCGGAGGCAUGGCCAGCGUCUUCAGCUUACUGGAAAUAGCACGCACUCAUUAUCAAACCAAAGACCCAGAAAAACGCAAGCGAAGCCCCACAGACAGUGCUGGCAGCCCAGGGAGUAAAGAGAGUCCUUCUGGGCGAAUGGAGUCUGCCAGACCUCAGGGCCUUCUCCAUGUUCCCCACCUGCAGCUGCCACACCACACAUCGGGCAAAGGAGCCCGUCAUUUCGAUACCCGGAGUCUGAACGAGGAGAACUUUAUUGCCUCGAUUGAAUUGUGGAGCAAGCACCAGGAUAAGCAAAAAGCUAUGGAAAAACCACAGAGGUCAGAUGGAGCGAAGCAGCAGCGCCCGGAGUUGACUGACACAGAGGAGAAGAAAUCACAGAUCAGUGCCGACAGCGGCCUCAGCGUUACCUCCGGGUCUCAGAAGAGCGACACAGAGUCUGUAACGAGCUCUGAGCCUCCGGUCCUGACGAGGAGCACCAGCCAGGACUCAGAGGCCAGCACAGUGAUAAGCAAUAGCUCUGGAGAGACACUGGGAGCAGACAGCGACCUGAGCAGCACAGCAGGAGACGGGCUGGGUGGGCGACAUGCGCCUCACCUGGCCCAGUCCAGAGGAACGCUCUCCGACAGCGAGAUCGAGACCAAUCCAGCCACCAGCUCCGUGUUUGGGAAAACCCACAAGCUGAAAGCUGGUGCAAAAGAGCCGAUGAUGGCGAUGGCGAAGGGCCCUCCUGCCCAGCCCAUGGAGGACAUCAGCAUGAGGAUCUACCUCUGUGAAGGCCUGCUGGGGCGAGAUAAGAGCUCCGUAUGGGAUCAACUAGAGGAUGCUGCCAUGGAAACCUUUUCUCUAAGUAAGGAGCGCUCCACGCUGUGGGACCAGCUCCAGUUCUGGGAAGAUGCCUUCUUAGACGCCGUCAUGCUGGAGCGGGAAGGCAUGGGCAUGGACCAAGGACCUCAGGAGAUGAUUGAAAGAUACCUGUCUCUGGGAGAACAUGACCGUAAGCGCCUGGAGGACGACGAGGACAGACUUCUGGCCACCCUGUUGCACAAUAUGAUCGCCUACAUGCUAAUGAUGAAAGUGAACAAAAAUGACAUCCGGAAGAAAGUGAGGCGUUUGAUGGGCAAGUCCCACAUUGGCCUCACACACAGCCAAGAGAUCAACGAGAUACUGGACAAACUGGCCCAAAUGAACGGCCGCGAGCUGUCCAUCAGGCCGAGCGGAAGCCGUCACAUCAAGAAGCAAACGUUUGUUGUACAUGCUGGCACUGACACCACAGGUGACAUCUUCUUCAUGGAGGUUUGUGACGACUGCAUAGUCCUGCGUAGCAACAUCGGCACGGUUUAUGAGCGCUGGUGGUACGAGAAGCUGAUCAACAUGACCUACUGCCCCAAGACCAAGGUGCUGUGUCUCUGGAGACGCAACGGCCAGGAGACGCAGCUCAACAAGUUCUAUACCAAAAAGUGUCGUGAACUCUACUACUGUGUGAAAGAUAGUAUGGAAAGAGCUGCUGCCAGACAGCAGAGCAUUAAACCAGGUCCCGAGCUGGGCGGAGAGUUCCCCGUCCAGGACAUGAAAACUGGCGAGGGGGGGCUGCUGCAGGUCACACUGGAAGGAAUCAACCUCAAAUUCAUGCACAGCCAGGAGCGGAAGGUUUUCAUAGAGCUGAAUCACAUUAAAAAGUGCAAUACAGUGAAGGGAGUCUUUGUCCUGGAGGAAUUUGUUCCUGAAACUAAAGAAGUGGUGAUCCACAAGUACAAGACCCCCAUGGCACAUCAGAUCUGUUACUCCGUCCUCUGCCUUUUCUCCUACGUGGCGGCGGUGAAGGGGAAGGAGGCGGAAGGCAAGCCCAAGCUCCUGUCGCCGAGACCCCUCCCCAGCUAGUCUCCACCCACACGCCCCCACCCCCACCCCCCUCCCCCCGCCCUCGGUGUGCCUCUUGACUUGCAGCUGCAUCUCAGUUCCACAUUAGACUUCUGACAAUCCCUGAUGUUAUUCUAAGCACACACCUUUUGCUCCUUUGCCCUGUAAAUACAGCCCUAAGACAGGAUCCGUCCCAGGACCCCGGGGUGUAGAUGUGUUUGUCCCUGGUCUGUGGUUUCGUGUAAAUACUCGGUUCCCUCAUCGCCGCCGUCCUGACGGCCAUAGCAGCUUGCUCUCUGUUUACCUGCUCCUUAACUGGGUAGAAGCUCCCGAUCUCCCCUCCCUCGUGAAGUCAUGGUCCUCUCUGGUUCCCACUGCCAACACGCAGCUGUUUGUAUCGAUAGGAGACGUGAGGGACGGUCUCGAGGCGCCACGUGCAUGCAGGUCCCAUGCACAGCCUCAAGAUCCACUACAGAGUAGCUUCCCCCCGCCCCCCUCACCCACUCUGUGAGUUAUUCUGUGCUAACGUGGUACUGUUAACAAAAAAAAAAUAAAAAAAAUAAAAAAUCCAGUCCGUCCAAGUUGAAACAGGUGAAACAUUUAGAGAGCUUCUUGUAGUGCAGGAUGUCCCGUUCUCAAACUGCUACUGUACACUGCACCCCGAGCACUGCAUGUAAACGCUUUGUAAAGGUUUCAUUGUUCGAACCCUAAAAUACUGUGAGUGGUCUAAGAUGUGUUGCCCUAGCUCGCCCUGAGAGGCAGAAUUACUGUUAUAGUUACACUGUACAAUUUCUUGUCUGUGGUCUGCUGUUAUCAAUUGCAUGUUAUUAUGAGGAUUCAAAAUAAAUAUUAUAUAUAUAUAUUUCUCUCUCAUUCUAUAUAUAUAUAUAUAUAGUAUUUAUUUAAUAUAUACAUAUAUAUAUGCUGUACAUUUCUCAGAAGAAAAUGUUACCAACUGUUUAUUCGCUAGAUGUGCAAUAUUUAGUAGUUAGCCAUUGCCAGAGCCAGGAUUUAACAAGUUUACUGUCUCGCUGGCUUUCACGGAGUUGACGAAUGUAAGAAAGGACUUUUGUUUUUCUACAGUGCAUUUUGAUUGAAGUGAAUAUGACGACAUUACGUGUGACAUGACUGUGUUUUGGAGUUUGUCUCGAAACGUGUAAGCCCACUGCUGUGGUUGUUUGGUCCGUGAGGAGACGCACCGAGUCUUCAUGUUGUUUCUGUACUGUAAAGUAAAGAGCUGUCCGCUCCGCUCCCCCCGCUGGCCCCGCCCACCUUCACUCUGUGUGUGUGUGUGUGUGUGUGUGUGUGCGUGUGUGUGUGUGGGUUGGUGUGAGCAUGUUCAUUCAUGUAGUGAACUGUUUGUUUCUCCUGAUCAGCAAUAUAUUGAUACAGCUAUAUCACUGGAAGAUGUUUUAUUUUGUUGUUGAAUGGCUCUUUAUUUUUAGCAAUUCAAACUGUGCAAAAGAAUAAUCAAUAGGACGUCCACCAGAUGCUGAUAUUUUAGAUGUUCCCUAAAUGAGUAACACCACACGAGUGUAAAUAGAAAAGAACUCAGAGAAGAAAAAAUAAAAUCUCCAAAUGGGUUUAGGGAAUGAGAAACGGCUCUUUGUGCCGGAGUUCAAGGACAUUUUCACACUGGAUUGUUAAAGUCAUCCCUGUCACUGUACGAGCCUGCUGCUGUAAACAGAGGGAAUAAGUGAAAUGAGAUGCCAGGUGUAAGUAUUUAAGUCUUUGAAAAAAUUAUUUAUAGAAUAUGUACAGCUUUGGCAAUAUCAUAAUAAAGUUGUCCCAAAUGGA